UCACAGAACCUGGAUGUGGAAUAUCUUUCUUUCGGAGUAUUGUACGAGUUAAGCAAAAGCAUCGAGCAAACCUAAUCUACACUCGAUUGAGUCUUGACUCAAACAUUCAACAAGAAUUAUCUUUCUGUGCGAUUAGAUAAUGGUUUGGUGCUCUUUGACGGUGAAUGAUCUUCCGUUAUCUGUCGCGUUGUCGUUCAGCUCAGUUCAGCUUCAUCGCGCAGUCCGUCUGGCCAUAUGGUGUACUUUGCUCUGUCUGUAGUUACUCCUGCCCCUACCUACGAAGAGAUACAGCUGAGCCGCGAUUCAGAAUGAUUUUGACGAGACAAAGAAAGAAAUAUUAACAAUCGGUACACGCAGCGUGCAUAGUUCACCAGGUGAUAACAUUAAUACACAAUAACUAUUCCACAGUACCUGCUUUAGCGUGUUGCAUCGGAAAAAUUGAGUCAACACCAUGGAACGAUUAAAACGAUGCUUGCUAAAGAAACCCUCAGUAAACGAUCUCGAAGAUGGACUUGAAUCCCCCGAAGAAUGUACAGAACGUUGGACGUCAAUAAGGAUAAUUUAUUACACUAUGUUCCUGAUGUCUCUUGGCUUCAGCAUUAUUCUCACAGGAGUGUGGCCAUACUUGGAUAAGCUUGAUCCACUUGCAGGGAAAGAGUUCUUAGGAUGGAUUGUUGGUGCAAAUCCGGUUGGGCAGAUGAUAUUUAGUCCCCUCGUCGGAUGGUGGGGCAAUCGGUUAGGAUCAAUCAGAUUACCCCUCUUGUGUUCAUUGGCACUAUUUUCGAUUGCUAGCGGUAUCUACUCAUGUCUUGAGCUGUUUACGACACAUCAAAAAUAUUGGAUGUUGUAUUCGCGUUUCCUGAUCGGCGUCAGUUCUUCGAGCGUGGCCGUAUGCCGGUCAUAUUUGUCGGCGGCAACGAAAAUCAAAGAGCGUACUAGUGCCGUUUCAAUGGUUUCGCUAGCGCAAACCUUAGGGUUCAUUGUAGGACCGGUCUUGCAAGGAGCGGUAACGAUGUUUGGAGAAAACGGUUAUCCUUUGCUUCGAAAUCGCCUGCAUCUCAACAUGUACACCGCCACCGGGUGGAUCAACGUGUUAAUGGGAAUCUUAAAUUUUUGUCUAUUCUUGCCGUUCGUAUUCAAAGAAAAGCGAAUAGCAGCUCGCGAGGCCAUGAUCAAACAGGGGAUGCAGUCGGAAAAAGAAGCUUGGAAAUCGAUGAAACCAGAUUAUCUGUCCGCGUGGACAUUGAUUUUCGCCUUCUUCAUCUUAGUAUUUAACUUCGUAUUUCUUGAAACUCUGGCAACCCCACUGACAAUGGAUAUGUUCGCGUGGACAAAGGCUGAAGCGUUGUAUUAUAUGGCAUGGAUAAUGGCUGUAGGUGCUGUGUUGGCAAGUGGCGUGUUUCUGAUGAUUGGGCCGCUUUGUAAACGAAUACCGGAACAACAUGUUCUGCUGUGGGGAGGAUUCUUCCUUAUGGUACUCGGUAGGGCCGUAUAUAUUCCAAUGAGCGACCAGCCCCCCAAAUUAGCGAUCGUUGAAAACGUUACUGCAACGCUGUUUCAAGCUGAGGAUCCAAACUGGAAGGGUGUAUACGGAUCAAAUUUUACCGAUGUGCAAUCUGACAUGUUUCGUGUUGAUUUGGACUAUAAAGGGCCAGCAUUCGUGGAUCGCGUUUCGAAUCUAAGCGAUACGGUCUCUUCAAAAGAUUUGUUAGGUUGUCCGUCUACACAAGAGUGGUGUAAAACAACGCGGGGAAUGACAAUUUUUCAAUUUCUUCUGGGAUAUGCAUUCACUGCAAUUGGCUAUCCUAUCGGAGUUACACUCAUUACGACCAUCUUUUCCAAAGUGCUGGGUCCUCGUCCGCAAGGCACAUGGAUGGGACUCAUGACUGGUUCAGGAUGUAUGUCAAGAGCUCUUGGACCGGUAUUUCUUUCAACCAUCUACACCAAAUACGGUCUGUACUGGACAUUCGGUAGUACUGCGGUAAUGAUGGCGAUAACAAUGUUGUGGUUAUGGCAUAUGAGGCAACGAUUAGCUCCUGCUUCGUACGAGUCCAAAGAUUCACGAGAGGAUGAACUUGCUACAAUAAACUUUAAGCAGGAGGACUCUACAGCAAACCAGCAAGAACACGAUCGUAAAAGAAUUAGUCACGACUUAGUGGACAGCUGAUGUAAAAAAAUGUGUUCACUUACUUAAACUUAGAUUUGUUGUGUCUUUUUGUGUUGAAUCGUGAUAAAUUCUCUGAAAGAUGAGUUAAUGUUUUCAAAGAACGAUUAAGAUGGUUCU